GCCGAUGCUGGCCACAAUGUGACUCGCUUCGGUGGGCGUAUUUUGUGAACACUCCGAAACUCAGGGGAAAAAAUGCUGCUAAUUCUUGAUGAUGAUCACAAGAAUCACCUUAAAUUCCUUUCAACUAUCGAGGAAGCAGCUGCAAGAGAGUUCUGCAAAACUGCGAAAGAAUUUCUGCUUCGUGGUGUGAACCCGAAAGUGUAUCAAACGGCCGCACAGAAACUGCAGGUUGAAGUGGAUGUCAUCCAGAACGCAGUCGAGGGGACAGCGCAUCUCUUAUUACAAGCUGUAAAACUGAAGUUGAACGAACAACAGUUCAAAGAAUCUCUCCUGCUGGUCGACUUACCCGAAACAGUUCGUGAUUACCUUCUGCAAUUCCACAGCGAAAACGAGAAAGACUUGCGAAAGCUUCUGUCUCAAAAAGACAUCCCUUCUCUGUCGUUUUCCGAUUUAAACUGGCGCUUUGAAGCGGAAGUAGCAACGAGAUGUCUGCGGUCUCACGUAACACCCAUCAUUUUACUCAGGUUCGCACUCAAGGCACAAGAUGGGUCCAUCAAGACUAUGUUUUUUCAAACUGACCCGGUAAACCUUGUUCACAUAACAGAAACCCUGGAGACUGCUCUUCAGAGUGCCAAGUCUCAACACGUUCGCAAGAUUGUAAAACACGUCAACUAACUUUGUGUGAACCGUGCGUAUUUAAAAAAAAUGUCUACAAAACUGUUUGAUGUCACAAUCUUUUAUUUUUUAUGAAAUCUAUACAUAUUCUACGUGUUUCAUUUAGAGCAUGUAUAAAUCCUUUAUUCUACACACAAUCUGACACUGGUAGAUUGUCACAAUAGUGUGUUAAUACUCCACUAUGCAGUGCUAUCAGACACACACAAAAACGACUACCUUCAUCUUCAAAAACAAAAGUAUCUGGCAACCAGGGCAAAUACUUUGAAACAACUUUUAAUACACUUUUUACAGGAACAAAAAUGAGAGGACACACACACACAAAAAAAGAAAGAAAAAAAAACACUAUAGAGAGAUAUCUUCUCUCCCAUGGCAUACAGAACUUUGCAAGUAUGGCAGGACUUCCAUAGACUGACCCGCCAGGGUACUAUGGGGGGGUACUCCGCACAAUAUACUCUUCACUCUAAUACACAUAAGUACAUAUUCAUACAUGCAUAGUCUCAUGUACACCUCUAAUGCGGGGGCUAACAAUACUUGAGGUUAUCAAAAACCCGUACACGUAGUCCUAAGCUAUACGUAAAUGCAGUAUUGUCGUGGGUAUUGAAAAAAUUACGUAUCAAAAGCACCAAAAAAUGCUGAUAUUCAACUAUGUGGUCCUCUGAGGAGCUGAGCCUAUUUCCACAAAAUUUCUUUUUAUGGCACAGUGAUGGUUUUUUCUUUAGGGGGUACAUCUUUCGCAAAACAAUUUUUGCAAAAAGAAAAAGUCCACUCAUUCCGAAACAAUGACUAGCAAAAAAAUGCACACAAUUCCAUGUUAAAACCUAAUGUCACUCCCACCUGUGCCAUCCCUUUGAAGAUGUUAAUUGGAUGAAACAAUCAAAGGGAAGGGUACACUUGCUUAUUGGACAAAAUGAUUACAAGAGGAAGCAAACAAAUAAAAAUAAUAAACUUUC